AGCCCUGUGGGCCUAUCGGCAGUCACAGGUCAGCAGUGAUAAAUAAAUGAUCGGCUUUUAUCUCGCUUGUAUUUACUUAGAGGGCUGUGCUGCUUCUACUUCUACGAGCAAGUUCAGAUAUCUCCUUUUUCACUACCCUUUGGAUUACUACGUUCUGCAAUAUUGAAACGCAGUGACAACGUUUGAUAAAUCUCCAAAAGAACUUGUGGCAUAUUAUAUAUUAUACUGAAGCGGAUAUUGUGUAUGUGAGUGAGGAAUAAUCUAACAGAGAAUAAUUAAUAUGAAUUUCAAUAGCUUCAACGCUUGACUCUCUUUGACAGUGGUUUAGAUGUGGUGACUUUAUAAACUUUUUAGAAUGUGAUUUCCAACGUCAAGAAAGUCUGUAGUUUCUUUUAGGAAAACGUCACCCGUGAGUUGUGAGUGAAGAAUGCACUGAAGUUUACUCCGUAAAAACGGUGAUAAGUUUUCCUCCGAUUCAGUGGAUUUUAUGGGUUGAGCAGAGUCACAGAGUGCCAUUUCUCCCAACUAUGUGGCCGGUUUUGCGGCGUCGUUGGCGGACGCUGCUGUGGUUGCUGUUGCUGGGCAUCAUUGUGCUCAAUGUAGCAGUAUUCGUCGGUGUGCCUGGUGUUGUGAAGGGAGGUGGUUCAAACCCAAAGCGGGCAGUCGGGGAGAGGGACUAUUCUCACUUACAGGUGAUACGGAAACGACUGAACAAAAGUUUCAGUAAUUCAAGCAGUCUGCACCAGCCGGACCCAGAUGCUCGUCAGGACGCCCAGGACCCGGCAGUUGGCCAUGUUGAUGACGCAGACGACAACUUUAUGGACGAUCACCUGGCGCCGAAGCUCAGCGCCGGAAAUUUUGCGGACGGGUAUAGGAGAUCGCCAGAAGAGGAACAAGGCGGACCGCUCGCCAAGGUGAACCCAAUUAGAGAGGGUCCUGCCGUCAAACGCAACGGUGGUGGGUUCGGAUCUCGGGCCAACUACAGCCUGCCAGACGUGGAUGGCUUCAUCCGUGUGUUUGAGUACAAGUACUCGUUGUCACCUUAUAAUGUGGGCAACAUGAGUACCAGCUACCAGGAUGUGCUGCAGGCGACCGACAAACUCAAACGCAAAGGCGCCAGGCUGAGAGCUUACGUUAACAACAGAGGAGUCAAGUCUUGGGAACGUUUCCACUAUGGGAUCCGAGAGCACUACUUGUACGACUCCAAAGAUGUAUACAUCAACAAACUACUCAAUGAUAUGGCCACGAAAGAAAUCAUUGACGUGGAACAAAAGGAAGGUGGUACCCAGAUUAAGCUGAUAAUUACCUUUGAAGACGAAGGUCAGGCCCUGUUCAAGCCUAUGAGGUUUUCCAGAGAGCAGGAAACACUUCCGGACCACUUCUACUUCGCUGACUACGAGCGACACAACGCUGAGAUAGCCGCCUUUCACCUGGACAGGUAUAUUGUUGGCCCAGCGACUUUGCCUUUUUUGGCAUAUUAUUUUAUCUCCCCCCCUUUGGGGAGACAAACCCACGGACCAGAAAGAAAAAAGAAUAGAAAAUUAGUAGUUACGACAUGGAAGUCGCCUGCUGGGAACAUGUGUUUUCAUGGAUCCUGUUCUUACUACUGUGACUCAUCUCAUCCCAUCUGUGGUCAUCCGUGGAUGUUGGAAGGAUCUCUGGCAGCAUUCCUGCCACCUUUUACAAUGGCGAAAAGAAAGACAUGGAGGAAUCCUUGGAAACGAUCUUAUAGCAAACACAGAAAGGCAUACUGGGAAGUGUAUAAUGACCUUUGUGAAAAAGUUAAAUUGAAGCACCCAUACAGUGAGGGUCGACGUCUCCUAGAUGUCUUAGACAUGUCUGUAUUUGAUUUCCUCACGGGAAAUUUGGACAGACAUCAUUAUGAAACAUUCCGAGAAUUUGGCAAUGAUACAUUUUUGCUGCAUCUGGACAAUGGUCGAGCAUUUGGCAAGUCUAAGUAUGACUGCAUCUCAUGCUUGGCCCCGGUACGCCAGUGCUGCAUGAUUCGGCUGUCCACACUGACCAAGCUGGUCAAGCUCUACCAGGGUCCACAAAGUCUGAGCUCUAUCUUGAGAGAAUCCAUGGCAGCUGAUCCAAUCAAUCCCAUUCUGAUGGAGCCUCACCUGGACGCUUUAGACCGCAGACUCAGCAAAAUCCUUCAUGUCAUCAGCGGCUGCAUCAAGGAUGGCAGAGCUUGGGGAGAUGUGGUUAUUGAUGAUGGUGUUACGUGAUUGUAAACAUUGUCCAUAUAUUUUCUUUGACAGGAGAAUUUGUUUUGCCUAUUGUCACUGUGUUAUUGUUGUUGAUCAUCUGACCAUCUAUUGAUUUUACUUGGGGAAUUAGUUUUACCUGUUGCAAUUGAGUUAUAGUUAAUGUUUUUGUUUUGAAUGCUUUUUGUAGCUACUUGGUUUUUAACCCUUCUGUUGCAUACUUUGUAGUAGGAGAAUUUUGUCUGCUCUUUCAGCUUUGUUGAAGAAAGUGUUAUGCCGGUUGUGCAUAGUUAUUCAGCUGGAAGUACAGUCAUAGAGAAGACUACCCAUUGUUGAGGUAAAAUGUGGUCAUUCUAGACAGUGUUAUUAUAAAAUCGAAAAAGUUAGGAAGUAUGAGGUGGUUAUUUAGUCAGGUGAUUGUCUUAGAAGGUGUCAUUAGAGCAGGUUCGACUGUAGUUAAAUGCUUUACUCUAAAAUUGGCAAACUGUUAGCAAGGUGAAAGCUACUUUUUAAUAGAUAACUUGUACCUGGGUAUUGUAUGGAUUAACCACCUAUUUCAACACUACCAGUCACACAAUAUUCGCGAGGUGGAACUCCAAACUUAAUAUCCAUUUUCAAAAGGACUAAACGGAGUAAGGGAAGAGCCUUGAAAACUCCCCAAAUAUACCAAGUUUAGGAACUCCCUGUUGGUGAUUUGAACGAGGGUCAUCAGUACCAUAGCCUAUCAUGAUGACAGCUGAGAUAAUAGUUUGCUCUAAGACAACUUGACUGUAGGAAACAUGUGACCAGCACUCUUUCUCUGCCCUGCUCUGAUGUACCAAUACCUUUUUGAGAACCAUAAAAAUCACAUGGCAUAAAAUGAGGAAGGGAACUUUUUAUCAUGACCUGGGGAUUUUGCACAUUUUUAUACAUUUUAUAAAAUCUCUAUCUAGUUUACAAAAUAUGCACAGUAAAACAAUAGAAAAAAACCCCUCAUGAUUCAUUAGGUUUACAUAGUUCUUGAAGGUUGAAAUCCAUCCCUUCCUACUGCCAUUGGAUGAAUGGGUAGGGGACAACAUGACAGGUCAUACUUUCUUAUUAUCCUUCUGUUGUUUCUGUCUGUCUUUCUUUUUCCCAGCAGUAUGUGACUAUAAUUGUCUCAAUAUGCUUCUCUUUUGCUCCUUCAGACAAAGCAUUUGUGUAGAGAGUUGUGAUUGUGUCUUUUGUUUCUCGUUUAGCUAACAAGUAGUGUUUUUCCACUCUGUUCAAACAUCAUAGACAUUUGUGAAGCAGGCUGACAAAAUGAGUUACUUCUCGCAAUUUACAAAUAGGGAUAUGGGCUAAAAAUCAACACUAGGGUCAAAUUUGUAGAUUCUCCUAUGUAUUUCCAUAGAGCUCGAAUUCGAGAAGUAACUCACUUUGUCAGCAUGCUUCACAUUUGUCUUUCUAACUCUUUUAGCUUAUCUAUUGAGUUGUGUUUGUGAGAAUCAUGCAGGCAUAUUUCUCUGUGGAAUGAGGAAGAUGAUUUGUUAUUGUGCACAUACAGAUGGAGGGUGGGAGGUUCCAAAUGUUCCUGGACUUCAAAGCAUGUUUCUAACAAAUUCACAGCAUAUGAUGCAAGGAAAUGUUCUUUCACAUGCUAUGAGAAAAUGUUGGUUGUGAUUACUGAAUGGCUUCUCAUUAACUUGGCAAAAUUAUUGAAAAUUGAUUACUGAAAUUGUGUACAGUUUCAUAUGUCCCCAUAGAGCUUAUAUAAACAAUUGGACCAAAUUGAAGAAUGUGCUUCAUGUAACUCAUCUACUUAUUGAAUGAGAAUGCUGAAUGAUGCUUCGACUGUGAUUCAUCUAAUUCCACGGCUGAAGUCCGGAGACCACAUUAAUUCAUUCCUUUUAUCAAGUCUGCAUGUGGAUAUGGCAUAACUCAUUACAUAUAAUAUGUAUAUUCAUAAAGUAAAAUGCAUAAAGAUGUAGGCUUUUUUCUGUAACAAUUCAUUGAACCACAUUAGCUAUAACUGUUUAUAUCUGAUAGUGAGUACUAACAAAGGCAUUGUGACUAGAUUAAAGAAACUCUACUAUAGACAUACUCAGGCAGACUGACAGACAGACAUUUAGGGUAAACAGACUCACAGACAGUGUGAAGAAAGGCAGACUGGCAUAAAGCUUACAGAACCAAUUGACUGAUGGUGUCAAUAAAUAUGAAGAUUUUAUUAUGAUAGGGCCUAUAGAUAAACCCUCGUAGGUAAACUUCAGUUUGUUGAUAGAGAUGAAAAAUAUUAGCAAAUAAUUACUCAGGCCUAGUGUUUGGAAAAAAAGCAAACUAUCUUUUAAAGUAAAAGAUCAUCAAACAAUAAUUUUUAUCAUGGUCAGCACUAAAUGCAAUAAUCCAGAAUUACAAAAAAAUUACAUGUGCUGUGUUUUUUAGAUCAUAUUUCCUAAUAUUAGUAAACUGAAAGGGAGUAACCAUGGUAUUGAAUGAAUGACAACCAAUUAAUUCUUUAUCUCCGAGGGGGGGUUAACCCACUAUGCCGGGGCCCUUUUUUGGUACCAAACCUAGAAAUGACAAAAACGUCACUAAAUUGGUCAUUAAAUAAAACCUAGUGAACCUAUAUUGAUAAGUCUUCAUCUAAUGAAUGAAUUCCCGAUAAAAGAGACUGUUUUCUGCUGUUGCCAAAAAAUAAUUUGAUGUCGAUAUCGUUGUAAAGGUAUACGCCCGAGCCAAUGUCAGCAGCUCACUGGCACAGCGGUUUCGAGUGUGAGCUGCUGGGGGCGACUUGUUGGAGAUAAAGAGUUAAUUGAGUGUUGAGUGCAUGGAGUUGUAUAAAAGUGAUGAAUGAGUAGAAGGAAUCCAUUUUUUAAUUCCUGAUCUUUGAGCAAUCUUAUUCUCCAUUUUUGACCAAAGAAGAAUAAAUGCGAAGUGACAUGUAAUUGUUUCUAUAGUGAGGCAUUUUGUAACAUAAAGUUAUGGAUUUAUUUUAGCACUGCUCUGAAUGAAAUGGCCUGUUCAUAGUUGCCAUCAAAGUGUUGUUGUUGGUGUUAUUGUUGUUGUUGUUGUUGUUUCUAACAUGAACUGCUGACCAUUUUCAAUUCCACUAUAUAUACAUCAAUCAUUAUUUAAUACCUUCACACAUUCCGUGCAAAUUUUAUUUUUGUGUCCCAACUGAUGAGUAUUUUUGACAUCAUUAACUAAUCAUUGAUUACUGUUUCUAUUAUUGAGUGUUGUUAUUGAGAAAUUGUUAUUGCAUUUCUACUCCCUUUGUCUGGCUGAUUGUGGAUUUUAUUAUGUCUAAUGUAAAGCACGUGGAUGAUUUAACAUGCUGAAGACUGGAAAAUAUAUCAAAAUAUAUAUUGCAAAAAUAUUUGUAUUGUUUUGUUAAGUGUAGUUUAUGAACUUGUACACAUUGACAGAUUUAUUGAAUUUCACUCACAUACAAACAUAUGAUAUAAUGGACAGCUGAUACUUUAGGUGAGUAAAGACUAUGAAGUUAUACUAUUUUUCAACAAAUGCACAAACAAAAUCGAAAGACAUGUGAUUGAUUGCUUGACAUUCUGUUCUUAAUUCUUUUUCCAAGGUACUGUUAAAAUUAUUGUGACCUUAGGCCUAUCUAUUUUUUAAAACUUUACUUGCCCACUAUACUUCUUGCAGUAACCCUACGUUAUGCUUUCAUUUUCACCCCUCCCUUCUUUUUUCUCCUCACCUGAGGCUUAAUGUGAGGCUUCAGUCCAAGCCCAAUUGUUGGCAUAUAUGAUUGGUUGUUGUGUUUCUCAUUGUGACACUUUUGUUAAACCUAUUGUAUUUUCAAUUUGUUAAAGUGUCAUCCUAUAGGACUAUCAUUUCACAAGUAAAACAGUUCAAGACAUUAAAGAAUUGUCUUUUGUUAUUAAAUUCUUGAAUUGUCUGUAACAGGAACAGAAGUCUGUUAGGUAAUGGGGAGACCCUUCUCAUUUUACCGAAAGGUCAACUGUUCAACUUCCUUUAUGUGCACAGAUUGGUUCUAAAUUGAGGCCUACAAUGUGUUGAGCGAGUGGAACAUAAUAGGUAAUAUUAGAAAUCAUUUUGAAUGGAAAAUGGAAAAAGCUGAAACCAUACAAUAUACAUCUUGAAAUAACGUUGAACUGGGAUGUAUUUCAUUGCUUUGGCAUAUCCCUCAAAUGACAGCUAUAAAGCAUACACCGCUUUCUUUGGAUGUACCUCAAACAUUGCUCUUGAUACAAAUCAAAUUUUUUUGUUUAAGUUGAUCAAAGCAUUGGUUUACAGGAGAAUCUGUUGAAAUAUGCUUACAUUCUACACUGAAUGUUCAUUCUGAUGGUUAUUUCAAAAUGAAUGAAGGCAAAUGAACAUACUUGUCAAAAAAACCAAAAACAACCCAGGAUCAUCCACAAUAACAGUAGGACAGUAGUUUACUGCUUUAAAAAAAAUAAGAUUUGGAAAUGCAAUGAACCUUCCAACCUUGCUAAAGUGUAGAGAUGAGAACAGCUACCAUGUCAGUCUGUAGAUUGAAAGAUUAUUAUUUUAGUUUACUUUUGUCAAGUAAGUAGCAGGAUUUUAAUGAAAUAAGGAUAUCGUUCUGUUGCAACACCCUUUCUACCACUGUUAAAGUUAUAGACCUAAAUGCAAACAUGUGAACUGUUUGCACAUUUACACUGCAUUCCCAUUCAACUAUCUCUUGUAAAAUUAUACUUCAAUCUUUUUGAAUUUUGACAGACCAUGCUUCAGUUAUUUACUGCAAGUCUCAAAACAGAUUGAAACUCCUUUGAAGCGAGAGGAAGGGGAAUAAGGGGGCUAGCCAUCUCUGCCUUCAACUUGUUGUGACAUCUAUAGCAAUUUGUUUUGGGUUCUUUAAAGCUUUGUUCUAUGAGAGCACAAUGCACACACUGAAUUGUUUAAUAAUAUUGUUCUUAAACACAUUUUGUGCCAAUUCAUGUGUUAAUUGUUUCUUUAAGCAAAGCAUUUGUUUUAUUCUGUCCUUUGUAGUUCUCUUUGGUCAAGAGUCCCAAUCAACGGUUUUACUGUGCGUCUGAUUUUAAACAGAAGAAGCCAAUAAAAGACAUCAUGCUCUUUUUUUAUAGCCUUAUAGCCUAUUGCACACAACUGAAUAUUGGAUGGUUGAAUAUGUCAGAAACUUACUUUCGUGGCCUAAACUUAAAACACAAUUUUCAGAGAAUGUUUCCUCGAAUCUUGAGAAGUAAACUUGAGUAGGCGUAUUGGUGGCCUAUCUCGAAGAUAUUAACCUCCAAAGUCUGUAUCACAGAAGCUGAUGAACAUCUUCAGAAUACAUGUUUUUACAUUAUUCAACUACUAAGAAGGCAUUUUGGCUUUUUUUUAGCAGAUUAUUUUUUUCUGCUGUGGUCACUGUUUCUGUAUAGGCCUACUGUUUGAUCUCUGCAAGAGGGUAUUUUUAAGAUCUCUGGACCUUCAGGAUGCAACAUUGAGCAGAUUGUAUACUUUAAUUGUAGUUUUCCUUAAUUCGCAAUGGAAAUCUGCACAGUGUGGCAUGAUUUCAGAUGUACAUCACUGCAAUUGUACAUAAAAUAAUGCUUAUUUUGUACAAACUUUUGAGUGACAGAGUAUUGACUUAUUCAGCAAUGUAGCAUUGAGCUUACUGUCGUCUUUCACUAUCAUAAACAAUAGCCAGUGCCUGUUCUUUUUAUAUUUUUAUCUGCAUAAUGUUUUUAUGGCGCAAUCACUUGAUAUUGAUGUAUGAAUCUACGCAAAUAAAAAGGGACCACAGUUGUCAAACUUACAGGUAGGCCUACAAAAGAGAUAUACACUGAACUUGAAUUAAAUGGCUCAGGCUGCUUUGUAAAACUUCGUACACAAUGAGUCCUUCCUCAGAAGUUAUAUGAAACUUUGGUUUGGGACCAUGGUUUUCAGCUCACUGUAUCUGUCCAAAAAUGUUAUGCAAAUAAUUUUUAAACUAAUGCCCAUUUUGGACUUUUUCUGAAAACUGCCAGGUGUUUUAAAAUACUUUUUGUGUAACAAAGCACAAAUAAUAUCUUUCUAAAGUGUUUUUUAAUGUUGUUUUUGGGGGGGAUUUUUUUGCAGCGGAGGAGAUUACUGUGACCUUCUGACUUUAUCUGUUUCGCAUAUUAUUCACCCAUGUGUAGUAUAGAUUUUGAGGUCUUUUUCUUUGGCUUUUGAAGGACUGAUGUUUCAAAUUUCUUGAGCUUCCACUUAAUCCAAGUUAUUAAUUUGUGGACAUAAUUUUUGUCCUAGGAUAUGUAUUGUGUAAGUGCAACAUGCAAAAUCUGUUAAUUAUAAAGGAAUUCUCGGAAGUAAUCCGGCCCUUUCUCAGAAAAUACUGUGAGACUGCCUUGAUCUGUUACAAACAAUUUCUUAACAUUGUGGCGGUCAGUGUUUUAACUUUGUGGCUGUUCCUUUCCUUUGUUAUAUGUAGGUCUGUACUAGAUAAGCGAUAUCGAAUCAUUAAAAAAAUGGUUAGAACUGUUGAUAUACCAUAGCACUCUCAUGGUUUAAGAACACAUGUUUUUUAUAAAGUAUUUUGCUGUUCUUGUAGAUGACUCAAUUCACAUGUAGUAUGCAUUUAUUUACAGAGUUUUCAAAUUGCCUUUACUGUAGGAACUCUCCGUGUCAGCAAUGUAUCUGAAAACUCUGUAGGUAGAUGCCUUGUUUCCAAAAUUUUUUGACAAAAAAGAACUACUUUUUCCCUUCUCAAAUUCUUGUUUCUACUCUUGUUUGCCUUUUUUUUAAACGCAGAAGCAACAUUCUCCAUUGUCCCAAGUCAAAGCUCUGUAUACUCUGACAUUGUAGCUUUUUCAAAAUUCCUGAAAGCUGCUUCCGUAGAAACUACUAUCAAAAGGUUCUCACAAAGGGAAGGUGCAAGAUGGGAGAUAGGACGAUAGUGUGUCCUAAUAGGGUCUGAGAGAUAUAUAGAGAUCACUGUUAUUGCUAUUUCUUGAAUUUUUAGUACCUCAUUAUAGACAACAUAGCUGUAGCAAUGUAAAAAACUGCAUCCAACACAAAGAUGCAUAAUGUUUUGUCCUUGUGUAGCAUCUAGCUUCUCGUUAAAUUUUAUCAUCUCAAUCUUUUAAUAAAAGGCUGGCAUACAAAAAUAUUAAAGGGAAUAACAGUAGUGUCUUGUAGUGCACAGAGUACUUUGAUUAUGAGCUAUUAUCUUGUUUCUGUCUAUAUACCUCUUCAAUGGUUUCAUU